AUCUGAUCUCAUCCGUGGGGCCCAGGAGAAUCCCGGAUCCAAGGACAUUUGUCAGGCGUCUUCAUCCUUCCCUUUGGUCCUCCUCGGCGGACAUCGCUCUCUCCUGAUUGGCUCCCUCCUAUUUCCCCCGUCCCCAUAAGAUAAUCUCUCUCUCUCCUCUUUCUCUCUCUCUCUACACCAGCAGCAACAGCUCCUCCGUCCAAAGAAAUAUCCUGUGCUGUUUCGCUUGAAUUUUCAUGGCGUCGACGAUAAUCAAUGCGCCAAGCAAUGUGGGGGCGACGAUGGGCUUGGAUUGUCAGACCUACGUCGGUCCCAGGCCGUCGAUUAACGUGAAGAGCCUUAAUCGUAUUCGGAUUUCAAUCAAGGCGAAUCGUGGCCGUCGAUUGGCGGGGAGGGGGAGCCAAUCGCAUAACGAGCCCUUUGAAAAGCUGGGACUGAGCGAUGCUGAGUGCGAAGCCGCUGUGGUCGCCGGGAAUGUGCCGGAAGCGCCGCCGGUGCCGCCUAAGCCUAAGGCACCUGCUGGAACUCCUGUGGUCCCUACGCUUCCAUUAAGUCGGCGGCCUCGUCGGAACCGGAGUUCGCCUGCAGUAAGGGCGGCAUUUCAAGAAACAACCUUAUCACCUGCCAAUUUGGUCUACCCACUUUUUAUUCAUGAAGGUGAGGAGGACACACCUAUUGGAGCUAUGCCGGGAUGUUAUAGGCUUGGAUGGAGACAUGGACUUGUGGAAGAGGUUUCUAAGGCCCGAGCUUAUGGUGUCAAUAGCAUUGUGCUUUUCCCCAAAGUUCCAGAUGGUUUAAAGUCUCCCACUGGAGAUGAAGCAUACAAUGAUAAUGGUUUGGUGCCUCGAACAAUACGGUUGCUCAAGGAUAAAUUCCCUGAUCUUGUUAUCUACACUGAUGUUGCUUUAGAUCCCUACUCAUCUGAUGGGCAUGAUGGUAUCGUUAGGGAAGAUGGAGUAAUAAUGAAUGAUGAGACAGUACAUCAGUUAUGUAAACAAGCUGUUUCCCAGGCCCGAGCUGGAGCUGAUGUUGUCAGUCCUAGUGAUAUGAUGGAUGGUCGUGAAGGAGCAAUUCGUGCUGCUCUUGAUGCUGAAGGCUUUCAUCAUGUUUCUAUCAUGUCCUAUACAGCAAAGUAUGCAAGUUCGUUCUAUGGUCCAUUUCGAGAGGCGUUAGACUCGAACCCACGUUUUGGUGACAAAAAGACUUAUCAGAUGAACCCAGCAAAUUACAGAGAAGCUUUAAUAGAAACCCGGGAAGAUGAGGCUGAAGGAGCUGACAUUCUCUUGGUGAAACCUGGUCUCCCAUAUUUAGAUAUCAUAAGAUUACUCCGGGAUAAUUCUCCUUUGCCCAUUGCGGCUUAUCAGGUAUCAGGUGAGUACUCAAUGAUCAAGGCUGGUGGAGUUCUUAAAAUGAUUGACGAAGAAAAGGUUAUGAUGGAAUCAUUGAUGUGCCUUCGACGAGCAGGCGCAGACAUCAUCCUCACAUAUUUUGCCCUGCAAGCUGGUAAAACUUUAUGUGGAGAGAAGUGAAUAUGGAGCUUGUUAAGUGUGGAUGGCCUCGAACACUGAUCAUGUUAAGAUGGAUUAGUGUUGUAUCAGAACUGUGGAAUCGGGAUAAAAUGCGGAAUGAAAGGCUUAGUGACGCGGUUUGUAAUAAUAAUAUUGAGUUAGGGUUUUGUUUGUUGCACCAUUAUGUGCUAGAUUAGUUGUGUUAUACUGUUGUAUUGGAUGAUACAGGCUACCAAGCAUAGACUGGUCGUCUCGCUCAUGUAAAAUGUAAUGAAUCUAGCUUGUAUUGAUUAUUUUUCCCUUUUACAAUAGAAAAUUCAACUGUUAAUUGUGAGAUGUAACAACCUCUGAGGCAACGAGAUUAAAAAAAUGCUUGUGGGUCCCCAAAUUGAAGCCAGAAAUUUGCAUGUUCGUUA